CUGAUUGGGGGUUAAUGAGAGCGGCGCCGCGGGCAGCUAGCUCCCUCCCGCGCCUGGACCCCCGCUCUCUGGCCGCCGCGGAGCACCCUGCGCUCUCCGCGUCCGCUAAACUGUUGGCUCUCCGCGGACUCCAGACACAGCGCAGUUCACAGCCAGCGCGCGCGAAUGGGGCUCGACUUCCCCUAAAACAAGGUUUUCGGUCUCCGCCUGGCUGGGGCUGAGCAAGCACUCCGGGUAACAGUGGGCUGACUGCGGCUCCAGGGAGCCGAGUGGGAAGCGCGCCCGACCACCAUGCCGCGUUCGUUCCUUGUCAAGAGCAAGAAGGCUCACAGUUACCACCAGCCGCGCUCCCCGGGACGCGACUAUUCCCUACGCCUGGAGAAUGUCCUGGCGUCAGGCGGAGCAGACAGCACCUCGAGCGCAGACGGGGCGAAGACGGAGCCCCGGCGUCGUCUGUCCCCCGAGGCACAGUUGACCGAGGUCCCAGAGAGAUCCUCCGCAUCCCCGGGCAGCUGUGAGGGCAGCGUCUGCGACCGGAGCUCAGAGUUUGAGGACUUCUGGAGGCCUCCGUCGCCCUCUGUGUCUCCAGCCUCGGAGAAGUCGGCGUGCCCAUCGCUGGACGAAGCCCAGCCGUUGCCCCUGCCCUUCAAGCCGUACUCUUGGAGCGGCCUGGCGGGUUCUGACCUGCGGCACUUGGUGCACAGCUACCGGCCGUGCGCGGCCCUGGAGCGCCGCGCCGGCCUGGGCCUCUUCUGCGAGCGCGCCCCGGAGCCAGGCCACCCCGCGGCGCUCUACGGCCCGGAGCGGGCUGCGGGCGGCGCGGGGGCCGGGGCGCCGGGGGCAGGCAGCGCAGGAGGUGGCGCUGCGGGCGGCGCGGGCCUGGGGCUCUACGGCGACUUCGGGCCCGCGGCGGCGGGGCUGUACGAGCGGCCGACGGCGGCGGCGGCCGGAGGGCUGUACGCGGAGCGCGGCCACGGGCUGCACGCGGACAAGGGCGCCGGCGUCAAGGUGGAGUCGGAGCUGCUGUGCACCCGCCUGCUGCUGGGCGGCGGCUCCUACAAGUGCAUAAAGUGCAGCAAGCGGCCUUCUUCCCGGCCCCACCCGCCUCAGGUGUUCUCCACGCCGCACGGGCUGGAGGUGCACGUGCGCAGGUCCCACAGCGGCACGAGACCCUUUGCGUGCGAGAUGUGCGGCAAGACCUUCGGGCACGCGGUGAGCCUGGAGCAGCAUAAAGCCGUGCACUCGCAGGAACGCAGCUUUGACUGUAAGAUCUGUGGCAAGAGCUUCAAGAGGUCAUCUACACUGUCUACGCACUUGCUCAUCCACUCAGACACCCGGCCCUACCCUUGUCAGUACUGUGGCAAGAGAUUCCACCAGAAGUCAGACAUGAAGAAACACACCUUCAUCCACACUGGUGAGAAGCCCCACAAAUGCCAGGUGUGUGGGAAGGCAUUCAGCCAGAGCUCCAACCUCAUCACCCAUAGCCGCAAGCACACAGGCUUCAAACCCUUUGGCUGUGACCUGUGUGGGAAGGGCUUCCAGAGGAAGGUGGACCUCAGGCGGCACCGGGAAACCCAGCAUGGGCUCAAAUGAAGGCCCUGAUUGGCUGCAAGGAGCAGUUACACAACACUACGGAGGGCAGCCUCCCCACUUGCCACCGUCCACGUCUGACUUCUCAGGCCCUCCAUUCCUGUCCAAAACUCCCAGCAGGGUGAGCCCCUUCACCUUACUUCUGGGAACUGCCAGAAGGGAUAAGUUAUCCUUUCAAAGUUCAGCCCAGAGUGGGAACCAAAUAACUCACUGGGUUUUGGACACACCAAAUAGGCUCCCUGACACCUGAAGACUCGAAGUCAAGGGGGGAUCAGCUAAAAUCUCAGGCCCUGCAGUUCUUCGCAUUCCCAGCCCUGCUCCACAGACAGGAAAGUCCUUCAGGUUUUUACCCUCCUCUUGCCCCACCCCAGAUACUUGUGUGGAAGAGGAGGGGUCACCAUCUACAAGGUGGACACAUGCUAAUGUUUUUUUUAUCUAGAAUGAAAAAUGAGUGUUACUUUUUGUUUUUCUUUCUGGGGAGUCUUAAUCCCUUUCUAUUGGGUGCUGCCUAUAAAUCUUGGAGGGAUCAAUUCUCCCACUCGAAGACUGGUUCAGAAAUGGAUUUGGGGAAGGAGUUUCAUGCUUUUAAAAUUACAAAAUACACUGUCCAGCCUGCUCCAAGCAGGAGCAGAAGACACGUGGACUUGGUGGUGAGAGGACAGGAGAGUCCUUUCUGCAGGAGGCUUGUGAAGGCUCCCUCUGAGGAGCUGGGAUGACAGAGCAACACCUCUGGACAAGAUACCACCCCCUCACUCAGCAGGUGUUUGUUGACCACCAGGUUCCCGGCCUAUGCUAGGUAUGGGGGAGCCAGAGAUUAAAGUUACGGCCCCUGCCCUUCAGAAGCUAACAGUUGUACCUCCUCCAAGUGGCUGGAUCUGCUUUUUCCCUCCUAGGGAAUUCAGAGAAGACAAAACAAAAUCUUGACCCUUCUUUUCUGACACGUUUGGAUUUUAUCAAGAAUAAACAACAACAACAACAAAAAUAGCUGAACAGAUACUUCCAAGAUGCGUGUGUAUAUUCAGUUUUUUAAUGUUAAGCUGAUAUUUUUAAGAUGUCUAAGCUAGCAGGCAUGUGGAGUGACCCUCCAUGUGUACUAUAAAGAAGAAAAAGUGGUAUUUUUACUUUGAUGAGGUUUGUAAAUGUUUUUAGACCUUCUGGAGUGCAUUAUGUUUGUUAAUACAUAUUUAUUAGAAUGAUGUUUUAAGUUAAUAAAGUAUUAAG